AAGAGAAAGUAGGUGAGUUUGAGAGAUUGGCCUCCAGGAGUGGAGAAUUCAUCCGACUGGGAGAUUAGGUGGAGCAGAGUGACACAUAGAAGGACCUUAGAGCCGGAGUCUCUCUGCUGACAGGAGGCUCGCGAGCUCAGAGUGACCGUCAGCAGCUGUGGCAGCGAGCCUGGGCCUUCGCAACUUCCCUUGUCCUCCAUCUCAGUCUGACUCGUCAAGAGGGGGCAACUUUUGGACAUUAACACAGCCACCAACAGAGGCAGACCUUCACACACAACAAACAUAUUACACACUGGCGCUAUGGGGACAGUGAGUGAACUUUGCGUAUCCAGCUUUCAGACAUUCCUGUGUCCAGCUGUGAAGCCGCUCCAGCAAGCUCCAGUGCCGGACGACCUCACCCCAGAGGAGCAGCAGGAGCUGGAGAAUAUCCGCCGGCGCAAGCAGGAGCUGCUGGAGGACAUUCAGCGGCUGAAAGAUGAGAUAGCAGAAGUAACAAGUGAGAUUGAGAACCUGGGUUCCACUGAGGAGAGGAAAAAUAUGCAGAGGAACAAACAGGUGGCCAUGGGCCGUAAAAAAUUCAACAUGGACCCCAAAAAGGGGAUCCAGUUCCUAAUCGAGAAUGACUUGCUAAAGAAUACCAGCGACGACAUUGCUCAAUUCCUCUACAAGGGCGAGGGCCUCAACAAAACAGCCAUUGGUGAUUACCUUGGAGAGAGAGAUGAAUUCAAUAUCCAAGUCCUCCAUGCCUUUGUGGAGCUUCAUGAGUUCACAGACCUCAACCUGGUUCAGGCCCUAAGACAAUUCCUGUGGAGUUUUCGACUACCGGGAGAAGCUCAGAAGAUCGACCGCAUGAUGGAGGCUUUCGCUCAGCGUUACUGCCAAUGCAACUCUGGCGUUUUCCAGUCCACAGAUACUUGUUACAUCCUGUCAUUUGCCAUCAUCAUGCUAAACACCAGCCUCCACAACCCCAAUGUGAAGGACAAGCCUUCUGUGGAACGGUUCAUCUCCAUGAACAGAGGCAUCAACGAUGGAGGAGACUUACCUGAAGACUUGCUCAGGAAUCUGUAUGAAAGCAUCAAGAACGAGCCUUUCAAAAUCCCAGAGGACGAUGGCAACGACCUCACACACACUUUCUUCAAUCCAGACAGAGAGGGCUGGCUGCUAAAACUGGGGGGACGAGUAAAAACCUGGAAAAGGAGGUGGUUCAUCCUCACAGACAACUGUCUGUACUACUUUGAGUACACCACAGACAAGGAGCCCAGAGGAAUCAUACCGCUGGAGAACCUGAGCAUCAAGGAGGUGGAGGAUAAGAAACCAAACUGCUUUGAGCUUUUCAUUCCUGACAACAAAGACCAAGUGAUAAAAGCAUGCAAGACCGAGGCUGAUGGACGAGUUGUGGAGGGCAACCACACCUUCUAUCGUAUCUCUGCCCCAACUGCUGAGGAAAAAGAUGAAUGGAUGAACAGCAUCAAAGCUGCUAUCAGCAGGGACCCCUUUUACGAGAUGCUGGCAGCCAGGAAAAAGAAGGUGUCGUCCAUGAAGAGGCACUAGAGCUGCUCAGCGCUCCUGAUGUUGCACUUGACAGAGCAGGGGGUCCGGGUAUCUGUUCGCCCUGUCUGGGCCGGUGCAGAGGCCACGGUUGAGGUCUGCCUCAUAACUCUCCAGGGGAUUUCUCUAGGAUACAUACUAGCUCUGGCUUUGGGACUCUACUGGCCAGAAAAACAGGAAGCAUGCUGGGGUUUCUAUACAAGAGUCAGGGCCAAAGCCUACUGUAACCUCCUGUCUGAAUUUCUUCUUUCUCUCUCAGCUUUGUGUGUUCAGUCUGUCUAAAAAGCCAAAAGGGAAUCUUGCUGCAGCAAAAUCCCCUUCAAAGAUGCUUUAAAAAGAACUAAAUUCCCAAAUACAUUGCAUACGUAUACAACAUGCAUACACUCAUGCAGUCCCCCGUAGCACACAUCGUUUUAACUCAGCAGGUCUGACCGAGUGUGGCGUCCCAAUCAAAAUAUUUCUUGCGUUAUGAAAGAAAAGUUAACACCUUUUCUUAUGUGCUUUAAUAUGUGUCUAUUUUUACAGCUUUUUCUCUCGGUUCCUCUUGAGGCUUUUUUGUUUGUUUGCUUUUGUAAAAUAAAAUGGUCUUGCAACAGCAACUGCAAGGGUGGGGGGGGGGGGUUAUGAAUUGCCAACUGUUAGUGAUUUUAUAGAAAAAUAAGAAAACAAAAACGUUUCUGCUUUUUUUUUUU